AUGCCCUGGGGCGAACUUUGGGCUCCAGCAGCUCCUUUUCAUCAGGCGUCGAACCCACCACCACCCCAGCAUCAACACCAGCUAACUGCAACGCAACAGCGCUGGCUCGCCAGGGAUGGAACACGCCUUCAGGGAGCUCCCAGCGACACUCGCCGUGUCAGGGGCUUCCUGGUCCAAUCCCCGCCCCCGGAGCCGGAGCCUCAGGUCAACCUGCGGCCUGCGGCACCGCCCACUUCAGUUUUAGUAGGCCCAUUAUACCCGUUCACGCCAGAGCUGGCGCCGGAAAAGCACACAUUCCCCCGAGACACACGAUUUAAGCCCAUGGAGAUGCCAGGCUUGGCUAUACUACAUUGCAGUCCUCGUCUCGUCUCCAUUCGAAAUCAACCUGAAUCACGCUGGGCGGUGGCAGUGAAGGGGGCAGUGACGCCAACAGAAACCGGACAGUACAUGGGAAACGGGAGACGAGAGACGGGAUGCACACACGCGUCCAUGUCGAGUCAAGCUGAACCUCUCAUAAACCGAGUCGAGUUGGGUCAUCCAUGCCGCCAUGCCGCCACGCCGCCACGCCUUCGUCGCUCCCGUGUUGCAUCCGCAGCCCGUGCUUCCCACAUGGCGAGCCAUGGGUUACCAAGUACAUACCCCCUUUCACACGGCCGAGUGCUCUUUGUGCCCGUCCAAGCGUUGGUUGAUGUGACUCUGCUUUUGUCUAGAUUAGUUAGGCAAUCCCGGAAAGUCAGUCCGGGAGCAAUGAUGCCAUCUCCAUCUACAGAAGUGCAACACACAACGUGUUAUAACGCCCAACUCCGCCGCCUACGACAAAUCUCAAACGUAUGGUCCAUUGUCUCUUCCAAGGCAGUAUCACAUGCGACCUGCAACAUGCCGCAUGCUGUGCAUCCAACAUGCGGCACGGAAAUCUUGUUGCCAGCCAACAACCGGGGUCUCGUCAUAUUCCAGAAGCCUUGUAGAAGCCCCAGUAUACAUGACAAUGUAGCGACAUUCGCCAGUGCCAAUUUUCAAGCACUUUUUAAUUACUUGCUCAAUCUCAUCCGUCCUUCACCCCGGAUCUCCUCCAACAUGGCCGAGUCCAACCCCCCCGCCCAGCCCGCCGGCACCGGCACCGGCGCAACAUACAAGGCGCCUACUCCUCCUUCGAAACCGAACCCCGUCUUCAAGAUGAUGGGCCUGCCAAACCUCCCCCGGAAACUGCCUUCACGCAACUGGAUGAUCUUCUGGACUAUCACCGGCACCAUCACCGCCGCUAUCGUCUACGACAAGCGGGAGAAGAGACGGGCCACGGCCAAGUGGCGGCAUAUCGUCGCUCCCCUCGCCACGGAGCCCAUCGGCGCCGCCAACCAGCUCCCUCGCAAGUUAACCAUCUACCUCGCGGCCCCUCCCGGCGAUGGCCUGCGAGUCACCCAGGAUCAUUUCCUCGAGUACGCCAAGCCUGUCCUGGCUGCGUCCGGCCUCGACUGGGAGUUCGUUCAGGGAAGACAGCAGGGCGAUGUAAGGGCCGCAGUGGCCGAGAAGAUUCGUCGGUCGAGGAGGGGGCAUGAACGGCCAGGCGAGGACGCGCUGAAGACGGAUGACAACAUGGUCGAAGAAUUGAGAAAGAGGAUGGGCGUGCCAGAAUACGAGGGCGUCAAUGGCGACGUCGUUUUCGGACUGCACGCAUGGAAAGAAUAUGUGCGAGGACUACAUGAGGGAUGGCUUGGACCCCUUGACGCUCCCUCUCUCCCAGAACCUGAGACGAAAACUGCUCCCGCGGAUGUCCCUCCCCCUCUAGAUACCCCUCCUGCAGCUGAACAGGCUGAGGGCGGCAAGCCCGAGGAGAAGAAGAAGGAGGAGAAAAAGGAAGAGAAGAAAACUGAGCGGCCUCCUCAACCGCUGCCGUACAACUCCCCGGACGACUACUCCCUGGCCAACCUCCCCGCCCAAAUCCCCGCCGAGUUCAACCCCUCCAACCCCAUCGUCUUUCCCCACCGCCUCGGUUUCCGCCACACCUUUGUCCGCCUCGGCCGUUUCUUCACCCGCCGCAAGCUGGCCGACGAGAUCGGCCGCGAAGUUGCGGCCGUGUGCUUCGCCGCCUCCGCCCGGGAGUGGCGCGAGGCCGACGGCAUGCACGAGCAGCAGCUCGUCCUGGCCCAGGAGGAGCAGGACUGGCCCAAGUCAGUGUGGAAGGACGAGCCUGUUGAGGCCGCCGACGAGAACGCUCCGGCCCCCCCACCCAAGGAGAAGAUCUGGACAUCGCCUCUCGUCGUCGACGCCCGCCUCAUGCAGCGCAUGCGCCGCUUUGAGAUCAGCCCCGAGCUCGAGGCCCGCGCAGCCGCCUUCGUUGUCCCCGAGGCCGAGGUUGAGGGCUGGCUCAAGGGCGGCCUGCGCAGUCUCUGGCGCUGGGGCGUUGACUCGUGGAACAGCAAGCCCUAUCGCCCCAACGUAGGCGACAUCAACAGUGACGAGUAA